GAUGCAGCACGACAUCGAUCUACAAAAGGAAAAGGAGCUGGUGCAUGGCUGAACGCAAUCCCGACUUCAGAAGUGCUCGCACUAAAUUCUUACGAGUAUCGUUUAGCGUCCUUGCUGAGGUUGGGCUUGCCCAUUCCACUUUCUGACUGGAUGACAACAUGCAACUGUGGUGCCUCCCUGGACAGCAGUGGGUACCAUCUGCUAACAUGCAAAACCGGUGGAGGGCCAGUUUGGUCGCACGAAUCGCUUGCAUCAGUCUGGUCUGAUUGCCUGCGGGAGCUGCACAUCCAUCAUCGAAGGGAACCGAGGCAUCGGUAUGCCAAUUCCAAUGACCGGCCAGACAUUGUAGCCUUCGACUCAGACUCUGGGUGCAAUGUGGAUCUGGACAUAGCUCUAGCACACCCAUGGAGCUCGGACAUCUUCCCUAGAUCUUCGGAAACAGAUGGCGCCGCUGCUGAGAGAAGAGAGGAGAGAAAAAAGUCAAAAUACGAGAAGGAAUGUCUACCAGGUGGAACUGCUGUCAGUCUCAUUCCUCUGGUUAUGGAGCAUUUUGGACGCUGGGGUGUCAUGGGAAGAAACUUCCUGCAGAAACUAGCAAAGAAAUCAUGUGACGAAAUUGGUAGACCAAACGCUGCAGAGUUCCUUGACUUUUGGCGAAAAAGAUUCUCCCUUCAGCUGCAAAAAUGCAAUGCCAAAGUCAUACUGAGGAAGAUGGCAAGCUUGUCAAGUGACACAAGUAGCGCUAAGUACUCAACCCAGUUCUUUAGCCACUAGGCUGACCUGGGUUAUCUUUUAAGUUAAGUUGUUACUGUUUUUAGUGCUUUUUCCUGUGUACUGUAGCACCUAAAACAUUAUGUCAUUGCCUAGCACUCUUUGUAUGAUAGAUGAAUGUUUGAAAAUAUAUGUGACAGACAGAUAGACAGACAGACAGACAGACAAACAGACAGA